AGUGCAAGAAUUGCAAACGUUGUCGCCCACGCGAACAUAAGUUAUUGUUUACAAAACAAAUGGUUGCCAUGGAAACCGAGUUGAAGUUUAAUCAAAUUUAAAAUAUUUGUUUACUUCUUUAUCGGUGCAACCAGUUCUGAUAGCAGAUGUACGAACUUACUUGCUGGUAUUUCUGUAAUGAAGUUGAGAAAGGAACCGUCAUUGGAUGUGGCACCCAGUAUGUUCAGCAUUUUUGAGAAUGUGUUUGGAUUCCACAUCGAUGAAUUAUUAAGCUGGACAAAGCUUGUUAAACUAAUGUACAAACCAAUGGAUCCUGCUUCACUUGGUGUUAUGAGAGCAUUGUUUGGCCUGAUGAUGGUUUUGGAUAUUCCUGAAGAGCGUGGAUUGGCGGAGGCUGAUGUAAUUUGGGGGAAUCCAAAAAGUUGUCACUUCCCUCUUCUAGAAUUCAUCACUCCCUUGCCACUGCAAUGGAUGUGCAUUGUCUAUGCUGUCAUGUGGGCAGGUGCUGUUGGAAUAAUGUUAGGAAUUUUUUACAAAUUGAGCUGCAUUGCUUUCAUUAUUCCAUAUGGGUACAUAUUUCUUCUUGAUAAAUGUGCAUGGAACAAUCACAGUUAUUUGUAUGGAGUGACUGCAGUUUUGCUACUGGGAACUGGUGCAAACCAUUAUUGCUCAUUGGAUAUUUUCUUUGGAAAAGUUAAAUGGAACACUCAUGUUCCUUUAUGGAACUAUGCUAUAUUGAGAUUUCAAUUCUUUAUUUUAUAUUUUUUUGCUGGACUAAAGAAGAUGGAUCAAGACUGGCUGGACGGUUAUUCAAUGGCGAACCUCAGCAACCACUGGUUGUUUGAACCACUUAAACUUUUCAUGACAUCAGAGCAAAUAGAUUAUUGGAUUAUUCAUCAGACUGGCUUCCUGCUUGAUAUCACAGUUGGUUUUUUAUUAUUUGUGGACAAAACUCGCCCUUAUGCAAUUUUUAUUUGCUCAAUGUUUCAUGUGAUUAAUUCAAGACUCUUCAGUAUUGGGAUGUUUCCCUACGUGUGUCUGGUCACUUUACCUCUAUUCUGUCAUGCUGACUGGCCACGCCGUAUAAAUAUCUUCACUCAUCAUGAGGAAACUACCAAACUACCUCCAAAACAAUGUUUCUGUGAAACGUGUGCUUGUUUGGGUCACCAGCUUGUAAAGAAUGCCAUGCCAUGUGAUGUGUCUGGUGAAGUCAUUUCACAAAGGAAAAUUACUAAAAGUUCUUGCGUAACUUGGAAGCAAACAAUUGUUACAGCUCUACUUCUAUCACACAUGGGCUUUCAGACAUUUUUACCUUUCUCUCAUUUUGUAACUAAAGGCCUAAACAAUUGGACAAAUGGCCUUUAUGGAUAUUCAUGGGACAUGAUGGUACAUUCAUGGGAUACUGUGUUAGUUGUGGUUAAAAUUGUUGAUAACAACACAGGAAAAGAGUAUUUUAUAGAUUCAACGGAAUGGGUUCAUUCAGACAAAUGGACAAAGCAUGCUGAUAUGGUUAAGCAAUAUGCCAAGUGUGUGAAAAAUAAUAUUAUUCAAGAUAAAGAAAUAGAAAAUUAUAACAAUGGAUUCAUUAAGAAUGGAGUUUUAAUGAGUAUCAACAUUUCUGUGUAUAUUGAUGUAUGGAGUUCACUGAAUGGUCGCAUUCACCAGCGAAUGUUUGACCCAAGAGUGGAUUUGCUGAAGGCUGAAUGGUCGCUGUUUAAUAGUGUAUCAUGGUUAAUGCCAUUACUGACUGAGUUUGACUCCUGGAGAGUGAAAAUGAAAGCAAUAGAAGAGGAAGUAUAUUCAUGGUCAAAUUAUACUGAUGUAUUUUUUGUCGCUGAUUUUCCAGGUUUCACACUUGAAAAUUACAUCAGCCCAGACUUGGCUAAUGUCACUGUAACAGUUCUGUCAGGUUCUGUCAGAGUUGAAAAGGAACAGCAUAUGACCGCACAGAGAUACAAUAAUGCAACAUUCAUAAAGGAGCAGAUACUAAAUGCAGGGCAGAGUACUGCAGUACCAAGUGGCACAUUCCACAAAGUUCAUACCAUUUCUGCAGGACCAUCAAGUUACAUGUACAUAUACUUCAAUGAAACCAAGCAGUUAAAUGAACAGUCAGGGAAUAAUGAAGAACCAGACAGUAACAAAACUGUGGAACCAGGUAUUUUUGGUUGUGUAUUGAAGGAAAUAAGAGGUUUUAUCAGAAAUGUUUUUAAGGCUAUUAACUUUAUUAUAAAUGCAAUAUUGAAUAUUAUAUUUUCUGUUCCAAUGGAUGUUGGUACAAAAUUUUAAUGUUUUUUUAUUGUUUAUAAAGCAUGAGUGAUUUUACUUAGCUUUCUCUUUGAGAUUGAAAUGUUAUUUAGGAACAUCUAUAUUGUGCUUGAAAAUAUAUUUUGUGUUUAUAUUAUUUUCAAUGUGUAAUAAUGAUAAUGUAAACUUUUCCUGUCCAGUACCCAUUGUUUUUUUAUAUGUAUUGGAUACGUUAAUAUUGACAGUUCUCGUGUGAUAAAAAAUAUUUGCAUUGCUAAGAUUGUGUACGUGUAUUGUUUUAUGUAUCACAUACAAUGUGGUACUUACUGAAAUGAUUUAUAAAUGAUAAGUGGAAACCCAAAAUAUUUUUUUGUGAUGAAUAUGGUACUUUUUACUUGUUUUCAGUCUUGUCCAUAAUGAGGAUGUUAGUUGGCUCCACUAAUUGCCAGACAUUUUGCAUUUAUGUUAUCCCUGCCUAAAGUGGUAAUUCCUAGGUAAUGUUCCUUUUAAUUGUAAAGGUGUAUAAAACCUUGGAAUAAAAUUAUAAUUUUGUAAAAUAGUAUUUAGUGAGUACUCUGUUGGGGCAUUGUGUAUUAUUGCUGUUCAAGCACUUAUUCUUAUUUAUCACAUAAGAGUUAAAAGAGUGCAUCCAUCACCGUCUGAGUUUGUCAGACAUAGGAUUGAGGAUUGGAGGUGACUACACAAAAGUUUUGGUGCUCAACUGGAUUAGACAUCCAUACCUUGGUUGAAGCUUUACUGUGAGAAAUGUUGUCACACAUAAUUAUUUCAUAGAAUCAUGGAGAGUCAUUGAAAAUGGAGUUAAACAAAGUUUUCUCUUGCUUCUACCAAACAACUUGGCAGCCUAUUUGGUUGCAUGUCUGAACCUUUUAUUAGCAGUGAGGCUAGGAGGGAUCCAAGUUUUGUUCACUGUAGUGGGGGAUGACUGCUAUCCCUCCAGACAUUUGGAUACUACAACAGUUGGUAGUCACUUGGUUUCUUCACAAAGUCACUUUUGAUCACUACAUUUUGAUUGUGUCACUUUUUACCAGUUACGAAAUUGUUGCAUGUACCACAUUAAUGUACAAUUAACAGUUGUUUAGUUUUUGUUUAAUUUUAUUAUUUUCAACAAAUGUCAAAGGUCAUAACCAUGUGUCUAAAUAUAUGUCAUUUCUUGCCCAACCGUGAUUUUUCACGGUUUAGCUAUCGAACAAAUGUGUUUGAUCGUGUAGUUAUAAACCCAAUUUUGCAUUUAAUGAGCCAUUUAUUAUUAUUAUUAUUAUUAUUGUAGUAUUGAUACUCCUAAAUAUACUCUAUUCAUGAUA